AUGAAGGGAGUGUCCACUGUGCGUGGACCCACCAUCACCCUCACCGCCCACUGUGCCCGGACCCACCGACACGGCGCCACCCUAACCGCCCACUGUGCACGGACCCACUGUCACCCUCACCACCCACUGUGCGCAAACCCACCAUCACCCUCACCACCCACUGUGCGCAAACCCACCAUCACCCUCACCACCCACUUCCCUCCAGGGAUUCCAGGCGGCUUUUCCAGGAGCCUGUGCAUCUCAAAAUACUUGUUCUCCCGGAACGUGGCCGUGUUGCUGCUUUCCUUCUUGUUAGGGGUCAUCCAGACCGAUGAACCAUGCGACCUGAAAGCUAUCGAAAAAGAGAAGGCAGUGGUGCCCCUGCCCCCGAAGGAGGCCUGCCAACACCACAGAGAGGACCUGGCCAAAGCAUUCUGCGUGGACCUGGAGAACGGGCUGUCGGAGUUCGCGGUGGCACAGCGCAGGCAGGUCCAUGGCUGGAACGAGUUUGUUGCCGACAACACAGUACCCGUGUGGAAGAAAUACCUUGACCAGUUUAAGAACCCGCUGAUCCUGCUGCUGCUGGGCUCGGCCCUGGUGAGCGUGCUCACCAAGGAGUAUGAGGAUGCUGUCAGCAUCGCCGUGGCCGUGCUCAUUGUGGUCACCGUGGCCUUCAUCCAGGAGUACCGGUCAGAGAAGUCCCUGGAAGAGCUGACCAAGCUGGUUCCCCCAGAGUGUCACUGGAGGCACAGCCAGAAUGCUCCUCAGAAGCGAGGCUGGUGCACCUUCCCCUCACGGACGUGGGUGACAGACCUCUUGGUGGAUGAAUCUAGUUUCACUGGAGAGGCUGAGCCCUGCGUGAAGACGGCCAGCCCCUUGCUGGGCGGGAGUGACCUCACCACUCUGAGCAACAUUGUCUUCAUGGGAACGCUGGUGCAGUACGGGAAAGGACAGGGUGUCGUGAUUGGAACAGGGGACAAGUCUCAGUUUGGAGAAGUCUUUAAGAUGAUGCAGGCUGAAGAGACACCUAAAACGCCCUUACAGAAAAGUAUGGACAAGCUUGGGAAGCAGCUGACACUCUUCUCAUUUGCCAUCAUUGGUCUGAUCAUGUUCACAGGCUGGCUGGAAGGGCGGCCGCUUCUCAGCAUGUUCACAAUUGGUGUCAGCUUGGCCGUGGCCGCCAUCCCGGAGGGUCUUCCCAUCGUCGUCACGGUGACCCUGGUCCUAGGAGUGCUGCGGAUGGCCAAGAAGCGAGUGAUCGUGAAGAAGCUGCCCAUCGUGGAGACGCUCGGUUGCUGCAAUAUCAUCUGUUCUGACAAGACGGGGACUCUGACAGCCAAUGAGAUGACGGUGACCCAGCUCGUGACGUCAGAUGGGCUCCAUGCUGAGGUCAGCGGAGUUGGGUACAACGGUCAAGGGAGCGUGUGUCUUUUACCAUCCAAAGAUGUGCUUAAGGAGUUUUCCAAUGUCUCGGUGGGGAAACUGGUGGAGGCAGGCUGCGUGGCCAACAACGCCGUCCUCAGGAACAACACCGUGAUGGGGCAGCCCACGGAGGGGGCCCUGGUCGCCCUGGCCAUGAAGAUGGACUUAAGUGAUAUCAAAGAUUCCUACAUCAGGAAAAAGGAGAUUCCCUUCAGCUCAGAGCAGAAGUGGAUGGCGGUGCAGUGCAGCCCGAAGAACGAGGAGCAGGACACCUACUUCAUGAAGGGGGCCUUGGAGGAAGUGAUCCGUCACUGCACCACGUACAACCACGCAGGCAUCGCCGUGCCGCUCACGCCGCAGCAGCAGGCACUCAGUGGGCAGGAGGCGCGGCGGAUGGCCUCGCUCGGCCUGCGGGUGCUGGCCCUGGCGUCCGGGCCCGAGCUGGGGCAGCUGACUUUUCUGGGCCUCGUGGGCAUCAUCGACCCUCCGAGGGCCGGCGUGAAGGAGGCUGUCCGGAUCCUCUCCGAGUCGGGCGUGUCAGUGAAGAUGAUCACCGGCGACGCCCUGGAGACGGCCUUGGCCAUAGGAAGGAACAUCGACCUGUGCAAUGGGCAGCUGAAGGCCCUGUCUGGGGAAGAGCUGGACACGAUUGAGGACGACGAGCUGGCCGAGCGUGUUCGGAAGGUGUCUGUCUUCUUCAGGACCAGCCCAAAGCACAAACUCAAAAUCAUAAAGGCCUUGCAGAUGUCAGGGGCCGUCGUGGCCAUGACAGGAGAUGGGGUGAACGAUGCGGUGGCCCUCAAGUCAGCAGACAUCGGGAUCGCCAUGGGACAGACGGGGACAGAUGUCAGCAAGGAGGCGGCCGACAUGAUCCUGGUGGAGGAUGACUUUGCGGCCAUCAUAAAUGCCGUGGAGGAAGGCAAGGGGAUUUUUUAUAACAUCAAGAACUUCGUCUGCUUCCAGCUGAGCACGAGCAUCUCUGCCCUGAGCCUCAUCACACUGUCCACGAUGCUCAACCUGCCCAACCCGCUCAACGCCAUGCAGAUUCUGUGGAUCAACAUCAUCAUGGACGGGCCGCCCGCGCAGAGCCUGGGGAUGGAGCCCGUGGACACCGACACCCUCCUGCAGCCGCCCAGGAGUAUCAAGGACACGAUCCUCAGCCGGGCCCUUGUCCUCAGGAUCCUGCUGUCCGCCGCCAUCAUCAUCUGCGGGACCCUCUUCAUCUUCUGGAAGGAGAUCCCGGAGGACAAGGCAAGCACGCCACGCACCACGACCAUGACCUUCACUUGCUUUGUGCUGUUUGACCUCUUCAACGCCCUGACCUGCCGCUCCCAGACCAAGCUCAUCUGGGAGAUUGGCUUCCUCCGGAACCGUGUCUUCCUGUACUCGGUGCUGGGCUCUCUGCUGGGCCAGCUGGCCGUGGUCUACGUGCCAUUGCUGCAGAAGGUCUUCCAGACAGAGAACCUGGGGGUGCUCGAUCUGCUGUUUCUCACUGGCCUGGCCUCGUCCGUCUUCAUCCUGUCAGAGCUGCUCAAGCUGGGCCAGCGACUCCGCUGCAGCGCCCGGGGGGCCCCCGUGGCCGAAGAAGAGGUGGCAUAG